GUUCACCAAACCCAGAAUCCUAGAGAGCACUCUAAUGGCGCUCGUCCCUCGCACCUACACAGGCGAAGGCCAACUGAGCAACACCUUCGACGACUUUGAUCGCCGACUAAGCAACUUCUUCGAUCGCCGUCUAAGCAGCUUCUUCGAUCACUUCUCUCGCGACCUCUGGAAUUGGAACUCUCCGUUCUCUGAAUUCCCCCUCACCAAUGCCUUAUCUUCCUUCCCUCCUUGUGAUUGGAGCGAAACCCCAGAAGCCCAUAUCUUCAUAGCUGAUCUUCCUGGGCUUAGAAGGGAAGAAAUGAAGGUUGAAGUUGAAGAUGACAGAAUUCUCAAGAUCAGUGGCCAGAGAAACGACGAUAUGGAAGAAUCGGGUGAUGGAUGGUACCGUGCUGCGCGUAGCAGUGGCAGUUUUGUUCGGCGGUUCCCGUUGCCUGAGAAUUCUAAGGUGGAUCAGGUUAGGGCAUCCAUUGAAGAUGGUAUCCUUACAGUUACCAUUCCCAAAGGGGAUGUUAAGAGGCCUGAAGUGAAAGCCAUUGAAUUUUCCGAAUGAAGUUUAGGAAUAUUGCAAGUGUUGUGGGGUUUAAAGGGUAUGUGUUGUAAUUAAUAGUUGUAUGAUUAAAAUGUCUCAGGUGAAGGUUAUUGGGAUCUCUGAUUGAAGUUUAAAGCAGGAAGACUUUAAAACAGGGGAUUUAGACUGUUAAGUUUAGGGUGUUUAGUGGUGUGUUUGUUUUGUAUUAAUAGUUGUAUGUAUGGUUAUGGUCAUUAUGUGUCCAUGUGCUUUUCUGAUCUUUUUGAGUUGCUCUAUCUGGUCUGUGGGUGUUUGUGGUUGUGGUUCUGUUUCUCUGCUAAUGUUAAUAAGCCUUGAGCUCUCUA